UCAAAGAGUUCAAGCAAGGAAGAAUCUUCUCCUCCCAACUCCUCGCGCCACUCCGCCACCCUCCCUCCUCUCGUUCCCGCCGCCAGCCCGCCAUUGCCAUGGAUGGAUGAGCUUGCUUGUCUCGUCUCUGAGAAACCCAAAUCCCUCACGCGCACCACACCAUCAGACCCCCCGCUCCGCUAGCCUCCUGUCAGCACGCAUUGCAUUGAGCUCCUCUGCCCUCCUCAGCUCUAGCCUCUAGGGUCAUUGACUGCUAGCUCACCGGAGCGACCGAGGAAAAAAACCCAGCUGCCGUCCCCAUGAGCGGCGGCGGCUCGGGCGCGGCCUCGCCGGAGGUCGGGAGCGGCGACGAGUGGCUGCGCAUCUUCGACCGGGUCGCGGCGCUGCUGCCGCGGGUCGAGGAGCUCGCCGCGGACCGCGCGCGCAGCAGGACCCGCCAGGAGUCGUCGGAAGCCCGCGAGAACUCCCUCCAUGCCCGCCUCCUCCAGGCGGAUGCGAGCCGGAGGAGGUGGAAGGCGGCCUACACGGAGCUGCCUCCCGGUGCCAAUCCCAAGCUCGCCGAACUUCAAGAAAAUGACUUGGUGGAUUACAAAGCCUGUGAAGGGAUUAUUUAUGCCGGUGGCUCUGAUCCAGAGAUACAACAGGGGGGCUCCAGAAAUGACCAACAGUUCAGUCAGAACAACGAGGAUCAUGAGGACACCGCAAGAGACUUGAGAGCAGAACUAAAUAAACUGAAGCAAGCGUACAGGACAAUGAGCUCAAAAAAAGAUAGGGAGGUUUCUGAACUACUUGUAGUGCAGAAUUUCCUGUGGAACCAAUUGAGGACAAUGGACAAGGACAACACGGCGCUCCUUAAGAUGAAAGAAGUGGAGGCAGCUCAAGCUACUGAAGCAGCCCGAAAUAAGGAUGCUGAGAUUGACAGAUUGAGAGCAGAGGCUGCUAAUGCAAAAACAAGGGUACUGGUUCUUGAGGGUAAGCUGCUGGAAAUGCAUUCCUUGGUUAACGAGAAGAACGAUGAAAUACAAAAACUCAAAAGUGGCCAACCUAAGAGUCUGAAGUGCAAAUGCGCCUCUUGUGUAUCAAAUGAGACUAGUCAAAAGCGCAGGAAGCUUACCAAUGAGAUGCAUUUUGGACAGUGCACGACUACAAAAAAAAGCAAGGGUUGCAACUUCCCUGGUAUGCAUCCAUUGGCAAAAAAGAACCAAGUACCGUUGAAUUGUUGGUUGAUGCUGUUAGAGCAUGAAGAUUUUUACCGUUAUAUUCCUCAGUGUGGUGAUGAGGUUAUGUACUUGCCAGAGGGCCAUGAAGCAUAUCUUAAUGGAAUGCGGUUAUCUGAUAGUUGCCCAUGUGAUCGGAUCAAAGACCUUAAAGCUGUAGAGCUUUGUAGAAUUGAGGGUCUUGGUUAUUCAGCUUAUGGUGAAAGCUGUUGUACAUUAGCACUUAAAUUCAUUGAUGACACUUCAAGCGGAUUUGGCAAACAGUUUAUAAUCACAUUGCUUGAGCUGGCUGACUUUUCUGAUUUUCUUGUGGAAAGAACACGGUUUGAAGCUACUAUUGUGCAGAACUGGACUAUCAGAGAUAAGUGCAAAGUUUGGUGCAUGGAUGAUGGAGAGGGAGAACGAAGUUGGUGGGAGGGACAUGUGUUGGCAAUAACACCUGAUUCGCCUGAUUUUCCUGAGAGUCCAUGGCUUAAAUAUGCUAUACAGUUUUAUGAUGGUUCUGACUUUCUGUAUAGCCCCUGGGAGCUCCAUGCUGCUGGCCCAUUGGUUCCAUGGAAACAUCCACAUAUUGAUUCCAGUAUCAGGAAUAAACUGUUAUCAGCAAUGACCACUUUACAGAAAAUGUCUCACAAAAACCAGGAUUACUAUGGUGUUCUGAAGUUGGAUACUGUUGUAGGAGAAUCAGAUUUCAUAAACAGGUUUCCUGUCCAGUUUUCCAUCGAGGUGAUCAGGGCAAGACUGCAGAACGAUUACUACAGAACUCUGGAUGCUGUCCAACAUGAUGCGACUGUGAUGCUUGCCAAUGCCAAGUCUUGCUUCUCAAAGAGCUCUGUAAUGACCAAAAAGAUCCACAGGCUAUCAGAGUGGGUCAAUGAUAACAUUCAAUCGCUGUAGGGAAAGGUGCUGCUGUGCACUCCAUUGGCAUCCGUCCUUUUUUUCCCCACCUGAAUUUACCUAUCAGCCAGUGAGACGAUCCUUAGGUGUGUUACCUUUUGUUAGAGGAAUGCUCCAAAGUAGUUACACUGUUUGGGAGGAGAUGCAAAUUGAUGUUAACUAACAUCUCUGACCAUUUGGCCCCUUGUUGCCAUCAAGACAGCUUGAGAGUCUUGUUAGUAGAGAAGAUUCUAGCAGAAAAUGGUCUACCAGAUUGUUGGAUCUGUAUAGACCAUUGUCCUUUGUCAACCUAUAAAAAAGAAGGCGAAGAAAGCUUCAUCAGCAUCAACUAGAAGAAUAGGCGCGCCUUGCUGUGCCGAUGCCACAAACCUUUUUUCUUAACAUUUCAAUCAAUGAAAUACAUGUGAACUAACACUCAAUAUGCAUAUAAUUUGCAAC